AACACUACUCAUCAUCAUCAUCAAAAGCAUGCAUUCAAAUCAAAAGCAAGCCCAAUACACACACACAGAGGGAUAUGUGUGUGUGUGUGUGUAUAUAUAUGUGUAUGGAUGGAUGGAUGAGCAAACAUAAAUGUCGUCUGCCGGUCAAUGCUCCCGCAGUGCUGCCCAACUGUGAAGCCUUAUUUCCCACCGGCGAAUGCCUUUCUCUCGUUCACAACGCCUUCUCGCCACGUGGUUCCUUGCUUUUUCUUUUUUCUGUUUUUUAUUUCUUUGGCUCUAUAAAUUUGGACACUUGCCAUUUAAUCCCUCUCCAACUUUCGGUUUCAUUUAAACAAGGAAAAAAAACCACCCUCACUCUGUGUGUUGUGCGUGAGAGAGAUAUGGAACUGGGAGGGAACAAUGGAGGCUUCCAUGGCUACCGCAGGCUCCCACGAACAACCUCUGAUAUGAAAGCACCAGACAUUAGCAUGGGACUGCCGCCUCCUCAAACAAACCACCACCCUGCCGCCACUAAUGCUGCUAACGCAAUCACUGAGGACACUGAAUGUGUUGUCCGCGAGCAAGACCGCUUUAUGCCAAUUGCAAAUGUUAUCAGAAUCAUGCGCAAAAUCCUGCCACCGCAUGCCAAAAUAUCAGACGAUGCCAAGGAGACAAUCCAAGAAUGUGUCUCAGAGUAUAUCAGCUUCAUCACCAGCGAGGCCAAUGACCGAUGCCAGCGUGAGCAGAGGAAGACUAUCACCGCAGAGGAUGUGCUGUGGGCAAUGAGCAAGCUUGGCUUUGAUGAUUACAUUGAGCCACUCACUGUGUACCUGCACCGAUAUCGUGAGUUUGAUGGUGGUGACCGGGGCUCAUUGAGGGGGGAACCACUGGUGAAGAGGGUGGUUGAUCAUGGCUCUCUGGGUUACCAUGGCUUUCCUCCAGCGGCUUUUCAUCACAUGGCUCAUCAUCAUGGGUUCUAUGGAGCUGCGGCACCAAUGACUUUCUUCAAGGAUGCAGCUAAUGCUGGUCCCUCACAAGCUCCAGUAGCAUGCAUUGAACCAUUUCCGCAGUGCAAGGAGCAGUUGUAAAGUUGCUAGGAGGAAGGGAAAGUGGGAGGGUGUCAGAAAAUGGGUUUUUAAUGUUGCUUUAGGCUUUCAAUUGUAACAGUAAAAACAAAGAUUGUCGAUGUUUUAAUGUUUGUGAUUUCAAUAUUCCAAUCGUCUUGCCUGCAGAUUGCGCUUUCUGACUCUACUUUUCUUCGCAACUUAAGUAGUAUUUUGCCCAGUAUAGAAUAUAUGUAUUACUAACAUGAGAUGUAUCCACGACUACUCAUAUUUUAAACAAAAAUGCCACGGGACACAUAGAAGGAAUAGAGGGUUUUGAAAGAUCAUAAAUUGAAGCUUGAUGGUGCAAAUCAAACUGUCAAGAGGCUUCUAUAAUGCAACUAAGAUGAGUAAUUCAUUUACCGAGAGACACUGUCCACGAAACUUUGAACUGGAGUUUGUUGCC